UGAUUUUAAUAUUUGAACAGAUGAUCGAGGGUGGUGGACAGGUUGAAAUACGCCUAGUAAAAUACGUGAAUCCUAAUGGACGUACGGCUAAUGGACGCUGCUGUGAUCCAGGUAGAGGAAGAACGUGUGAUGGGGAAUGUGACCACAAAUUCGUCGUUUGUUUGGAUAAUAGAAACGGCCCCACCAGUACAUGGGCGUGUCCACAUGGUCGCCUGAUAACAGAGAGUGUAGAUGACAAGAAUUCAAUAGUUUUUGGGGACAGUGUUGGCGGCAAGAAAAACCCGAUGCUGUUUCCAUUCAAGAGCUGGCCGGGAUCUUUGAAACUAAAGGUGAGAGUUGAAGACCAAGACCCGGGUAGCAGAAAUGAUUUCAUUGAAUUGCUCCGCACGUAUCUCGACGCUACCCCGGCCAGGUCUAGGGAAGAGUCUACCGAAGAACCUAUCUUCAUUAAUAUGAGGACAAAAUUAGAAGCGACUACCCGUGUAUAUUGUGAUACGUUUUAUCAUGGUCCACUGUGUGUCACAUUCUGCGAGCCACACAACAACGCCAGCGGUCACUAUUCCUGUAACCCGGCCAACGGCGACAAAAUUUGUAUGAAAGGUUGGUCUGGUGUAAAUUGUGACAGGAGUCAGAACGACUGUGUUGGUCACAGAUGUCAGAACGGUGCCACGUGCGUGGAUGAAAUUGACACAUAUUCGUGCAAAUGUCUUCCUAGAUACAAGGGCAAGUACUGCGAGACAUUCCAUGAUUUUUGUAAACCUACGCCUUGCAAACACAACGGAGUCUGUGAAAAUAUAGAAAGAGGCUUUAAAUGCACGUGCGCUUUAGGUUAUGUUGGGGAUCAAUGCGAGUUUGAGAUCAAUGAAUGUGACCCUAACCCGUGUCAAAAUGGCGCAGUCUGUCAUAACCUAGUCGGAAAGUUUAAAUGUGAAUGUGUCGGAUUCAAAGGCCUUACUUGCACUGAUGACGAAAAUGAAUGUUUGAAAAAUCCGUGUAGUAAUGGUGGAACUUGUCACAAUACCGUAGGAUCAUAUCACUGUAAAUGUACGAAAGAAUGGAAAGGAAAGCAUUGUGAAGUAGAUAUUAACGAAUGCGCCACGAAUCCUUGCAAAAACCGAGGGAAAUGCGUGAACUAUCUCGGAACAUACCUUUGCAAAUGCCCUGAGGGAUUUACAGACAAGCACUGUACCACAGAUGUCAAUGAAUGCGAAGCUGCUCCAUGUGGUGCAUUUGGUACCUGCCAGAACACACAUGGCUCUUUUAAAUGCCUAUGUUCUGAUGGGUUCUUUGACAGACUUUGUAACGCAGACUUUGAUGAGUGCCUUACAAAUCCGUGCUCAAAUGGUGCAACCUGUGAAAACACUCCAGGCUCAUACAAAUGUAUAUGUGCAGAGGGAUUUCAAGGUCAGAAUUGUUCAAAAGAUAUAAAUGAAUGUCAAAGUACAAAAUGCCACAAUAAUGGUACUUGUGUCAAUACUGUAGGGUCAUUUCACUGCGAUUGCACUAGCAAUUUUACUGGUAAACUAUGCGUAGAAGAUAUAAAUGAAUGCAUUGUUUCGCCUUGUGAAAAUCGAGCACGCUGUAAGAAUCUUUUAGGAGGGUUUGAGUGCAUUUGUGAACCUGGAUGGAAAGGUCCUUUAUGUAAUUAUGACGUCAACGAGUGUGACCUUGACACCUGCAAGAAUGAUGCAACAUGUGUCAACUCACGCGGAUCAUUUAGAUGUAUUUGCAAAGAAGGAUUUGAAGGAAAUAUAUGUUCGACUGACACUAAUGAAUGCGACUUCGGGAUUUGUGUGAAUAAUGGGACGUGUACAAAUACAUAUGGAUCUUUUGAUUGCAAAUGUGAUGAUGGUUUCAAAGGGCAGACUUGUAGCGAAGAUGAAGACGAAUGCCUUAAGACGCCAUGUGUAAAUGGAGCAACAUGUCAUAACACCUUCGGUUCUUACCACUGCGAAUGUGAUAGAGGUUGGGAAGGAAAGCAUUGCGAAAUUGAUAUCAAUGAAUGCUCAGAUAAAAACCCUUGUGAAAACAGCGGAGAAUGCAUCAACUAUCUCGGAACAUAUAUUUGUAAAUGUGCUGAAGGUUUCCUGGAUAAGCACUGUACAACAGAUCUUAACGAGUGUGACCGGAAACCUUGUGGAAGUUUUGGAUCAUGUGAAAACACACAUGGAUCGUUUACAUGUCAUUGUAACAGUGGUUUUCAGGGUAGUCUUUGUAACUCUGACAUUGAUGAAUGCGAAAACAGUCCAUGCAAGAACAACGCAACAUGUAACAAUAUACACGGCUCAUACUCAUGUGUCUGUACAGGCGGAUUUAUUGGACACGACUGUGAAGAGGAUAAAAACGAAUGUUUAGAGAACCCAUGCAUAAAUGAUGGUUCUUGUGUGAAUUCCAGAGGCUCCUAUGAAUGUAAAUGUAUUACCGGUUGGCAAGGGCAACAUUGUGAAGUUGAUAGUGAUGAAUGCAUUAAUAAUCCUUGUAAAAACAAAGGUACAUGUAAAAAUGUUAUAGGCUCUUUUGCUUGUGAAUGCAAAGAAGGAUGGACGGGGAAUCUGUGCCAAGAUGAUGUAAACGAAUGUGAAUUGGGUAAGUGUGAAAAUGGAGCAACAUGCGUAAAUUCUAUAGGGUCGUUCAAAUGUAUCUGCAUGGAGGGAUUUAAAGGUGAAACGUGCACCACUGACGUGAAUGAAUGUGAAUACAAGAUUUGUGAAAACAACGGUAAAUGCACAAACACUCACGGGUCGUUUCAUUGCAAAUGUGUUCCUGGUUUUAGAGGACUAACUUGCAAUGAAGAUAUUGAUGAGUGCCUGGAAUUCCCGUGCAUCAAUGAUGCUACCUGCACAAAUACCUUUGGAUCCUACACAUGCUCGUGUGCAUUAGGAUGGCAAGGAAAGCAUUGCGAAAAUGACGUCAACGAAUGUUUAGAGCUACCGUGUGGUAAAUAUGGUGACUGUAAAAACUUGGUAGGAACUUUUGAAUGUCAAUGCUACCCUGGAUGGACAGGAGAGUUGUGUAAAAGUGAUGUUGACGAAUGUCUCACCGAUUCGUGUAAAAACGGAGGAACGUGUAUAAAUUCACAAGGAUCAUUCCGUUGUCAUUGUCCUGACGGCUUUAAAGGAAGAUCGUGUUCAGAGGAUGUUAAUGAAUGUCAUUUUAGUGUUUGUAAGAAUAACGGAAAUUGUACAAACACACAUGGAUCGUUUUAUUGUAAGUGUAAGCCCGGAUUUGAUGGAUUUACAUGUAAUGAAGAUAUUGACGAAUGCUUGCAAAGUCCGUGCAGUAAACAAGCAACCUGUGAUAACACCAUAGGUUCAUACUAUUGCCAAUGUGAAGAAGGAUGGUAUGGGAAACAUUGUGAAAUAGAUAUAGAUGAAUGUAAGGAAAAGCCUUGUGGUAGACACGGCAAAUGCAGAAAUCUUGUAGGGGCAUUUGAAUGUGAAUGCAAUCCCGGUUGGCAGGGACUUGUUUGUCAAAAAGAUGUUAACGAAUGUUAUCAAGACGUUUGCAAAAACAACGCACCAUGUAGAAAUUCAAUUGGUUCUUUCACAUGCUUUUGUCCAGACGGAUUCAAAGGAAAUGAAUGCGAAGAGGAUGUAAAUGAGUGCGACUCUGGAGUUUGUAAAAAUAACGCAACAUGUACAAAUUUGUAUGGUUCCUUUGACUGUAAAUGUGAAGCUGGUUUGGUAGGACUCACAUGUAAUGAAGACGUUGAUGAAUGUUUGACAAACCCGUGUAACAAUGGCGCCACAUGUCACAAUACAUUCGGGUCUUUCUAUUGUGAAUGUUUAGAGGGAUGGCAAGGCAAUAAACAUUGUGAUAGUGACACAGACGAAUGUGUGGAUAAACCAUGUAAAAAUAAUGGAAUUUGUAAAAAUCUUGUUGGUUCGUUUGAAUGCGAAUGUCAGCCAGGUUGGACAGGCCCUCUCUGUGAUGAUGAUGUAAAUGAAUGUCAUUCAGACGCUUGUAAGAAUGAUGCACCAUGUAAGAAUUCUAUUGGAUCAUUUAGCUGUUUUUGUCUUGAAGGAUUUGAAGGCAAAAUCUGUGCAGAUGAUGUGGACGAAUGUAAAUAUGAUAUAUGCAAAAAUAACGGCACGUGUACAAAUACAUAUGGAUCGUUUGACUGUAAGUGUCUGCCACAGUUUUCAGGUCUUACAUGUAACAAUGAUAUUGACGAAUGUCUUGCCAAUCCCUGUAGUAAUGGAGGAACUUGUUAUAACACUGAUGGGUCGUACAAGUGUGAAUGUGUUACUGGGUGGCAUGGGAAGCAUUGUGAAAUUGAUACAGAUGAAUGUAAAGAUAAUCCAUGCCAAAACAAAGGUGUGUGUAGAAAUCUGGUAGGAUCGUUCGAGUGCGAAUGUAAACAAGGUUGGAAUGGGACGAUUUGUACUGACGAUAUCAAUGAAUGCCUUUUAGGCGGAUGUAAGAAUAACGCAUCCUGUAAUAAUUCACAAGGAUCUUUCAGUUGUUUGUGCUCUGAAGGCUUUCAGGGGAAAACAUGUGCAGACGAUGUAAACGAAUGUAAAUACGGAAUAUGUGAAAACAAUGGUACUUGCACAAAUACAUACGGCGCAUUCGAUUGCAAAUGUGAAAACGGAUUUAAAGGGUUAACAUGUCAUGAUGAUAAAGAUGAGUGCCAGAAAAAUCCGUGCAGUAACCACGCAAUCUGUACAAAUACACACGGAUCAUACACGUGCACAUGUGCUGAUGGUUGGCAGGGAAUAAACUGUGAAUUCGACACUGAUGAAUGCAACGACAAUCCAUGCGAGAAUGGUGGAGUUUGUAAAAAUCUCGUCGGUAGCGUUGAAUGUGUUUGUGUACCUGGCUGGAAAGGCGUAUUUUGUGCAGAUGAUGUCAAUGAAUGUAAUAAAAAUAUGUGUUUAAAUAAUGCUAGUUGUGUUAAUACCCAAGGAUCUUUUAAUUGCCAUUGUACUGAAGGAUUUAAUGGCCCAGUAUGUUCUGAAGAUGUGAACGAAUGUAAUUAUGGAAUUUGUGAAAAUGGUGGUACAUGUACAAACACAUAUGGUUCUUUUGAUUGUAAAUGUUUAAAUGGAUAUAAAGGUAUUACAUGUGACGAUGAUGUAAACGAAUGUGCUGAAAACCCGUGCAGCAACGGAGCAACAUGUCAUAACACCAAAGGUUCCUAUACUUGCAAGUGUGUAGACGGCUGGAUAGGGAAGCAUUGUGAAAUUGAUACAGACGAGUGCAGUAAAAGACCUUGCUUCCAUGGGUCGAAAUGUAGAAAUAUGGUAGGUUCAUUUGAAUGUGAAUGUAAAAUGGGAUGGUCUGGUGCCCUCUGUGAACAAGACGUAGAUGAAUGUGCUAUUGGCAUGUGCAAAAACGGCGCAACAUGUUUAAACUCACAUGGCUCGUUUGUUUGUUUCUGCUCUGAAGGUUUUCAGGGAAGUGUUUGUUUAGAUGAUGUAAAUGAGUGCGAGUAUGGCAUUUGUGAAAAUAACGGAACCUGUAUAAAUACGUAUGGUUCAUUUGAUUGUAAAUGCGCACGUGAUUAUACAGGUCGCACGUGUAAAGACGACAUAGAUGAAUGUGCUAAAGAACAUCCAUGUAGCAAUGGAGCGACAUGUCAUAAUACAGUAGGAUCAUAUAGUUGUGAGUGCGCGGAAGGCUGGUAUGGUAGGCAUUGUGAAAUCGAUGACAAUGAAUGCACGGAAAACCCGUGUGACAACAACGGUAUAUGUACAAACACAUACGGUUCAUUUACAUGUAAGUGUAUGAACGGUUUCACAGGGUUUACCUGUAUUGAGGACGUCGACGAAUGCUUGGAAACGCCGUGCAACAAUGGUGCUACUUGUAGCAACACAUUUGGAUCUUACUUUUGUGAAUGCCGAAAUGGUUGGAACGGAAAACACUGUGAAAUAGAUGUUAAUGAAUGCGAUUUAAAUCCUUGUGAAAAUAAUGGAACAUGUAUAAAUACAUACGGUUCCUUUAGAUGUAUAUGUCAUCGUGACUUUUCAGGUUCUCUUUGCAAUAACGAUAUAAAUGAAUGUCUCGAGAACCCGUGCAGUAAUGGCGCCACGUGCCAUAAUACCGUCGGGUCUUACUUUUGCCAAUGUGGGGAAGGUUGGAUGGGGAAACUCUGUGAAAUUGAUCGCAAUGAAUGUAUUUUGAAGCCCUGUGAAAACAACGGAUCAUGCACAAAUACUUACGGUUCAUUUACUUGUAAAUGCAAGCAAGGUUAUUCCGGAUUUAUUUGUCACGAGGAUGUUGACGAAUGUUUAAGGAAUCCAUGUAGUCAUGGUGCAAUCUGCAGUAAUACGAUGGGGUCAUAUGAAUGCGAGUGUGGGAAGGGAUGGCAAGGGAUGAACUGCGACUUAGAUAUGAAUGAAUGUGACAACAAUCCAUGCGCUAACGAUGGUACAUGUAUCAAUUCGCUUGGGUCGUACAUUUGUCAGUGUACAGAAGGCUUUAAGGAUGCUCUUUGUACAACUGAUGUAAAUGAAUGUGAUAAAUACCCAUGUGGUGAUUUUGGAACAUGCGAGAACACAUAUGGGUCCUUUACUUGUAAAUGCGCAGAUGGAUUUUAUGGUAGACUCUGUAACUCGGAGCAUGAUGAAUGUGCGGACAGUCCUUGUGCAAACAACGGAACAUGUUAUAAUUUACCUGGAACCUACACCUGCAAGUGCGUUGAAGGUUACUAUGGUAAGAAUUGCUCAUCCGACGUCGAUGAAUGCGAACUGAUUGAAUGCUUCAAUAAUGGAACAUGUUUUAAUACAUUCGGAUCGUUUUACUGUAAAUGUGAGGAUACAUUUUCUGGAACAUUUUGCGAUGACGACAUAAACGAAUGUCUUUCGUCACCAUGUAAACAUAACAGCACGUGCAAUAAUCUAAAAGGGUCAUAUGAGUGUUCCUGUACAGCCGGUUUCGAAGGUUUCUUCUGUCACAACGACACCGAUGAGUGCUUGGCAUCACCGUGUGGCGACUAUGGCACAUGCCAAAACAAUUUCGGUUCAUAUUUAUGUUUAUGUCAAAGUGGUUUCUACGGGUUCCAUUGUAAAGAAGAUGUUAACGAAUGCGAGGGUUAUCCAUGUAGUAAUAAUGCUACAUGUGAAAAUUCACUAGGGUCAUUUAGCUGUUCUUGUGGCGACGGGUUUGUAGGUAAGCUGUGUCAAGAUGACAUUGACGAAUGUUUGCAAGAUCCAUGUGUCAACGGAACAUGUAAUAACACGUACGGAUCGUUUGAAUGUAUAUGUGAAGAUCGUUAUCGAGGAAGACUAUGUGACACAUACGUCAGCGCACUUGUUAAAGUACCUUGGGCGACGUCACAUUGGUACGCAAUACUGGCGAUUGUAACAGCGGGUUUGAUCCUCGCCGUACUGCCAGCGGUGAUUUACAUCAAUAAAAGGAGAUUAGAGAAACCACGGUCAAAUGAGAGCAUACGGAAAUGGGUUACUCCAGAAGACCUGACCUUCAGUGGGUACGAUAAUAUUGAGUACAACAGCGAUACCCCGCAAUACGGUCAGAUAAUUCGGUAUCUAACCCCACACUGUGCACACAGAUAAUCCGGAAUCAUUCCUUCACCGUGCACACAGAUGAACAUGCCAUUGAUUGAGAAAAUUACAUGAAAAAUGAAAUUGUUAAACUGUUUCAUAUUCUGCAAUAAAGAAGAUAAUUUAGAAGAUACUCUGACAUAAUUCUUGGUAGUUUAGACAGUGUUAGAAAGGCUCUGAGAAUAAGAAAAUAAAAAAAAUUCAAGGACGAAAAUGAGAGAAGGGGUAGGGAAAAAAUAUGUCUGAAAGUAGAUCUUCACGCCUGCAGUAGAUCUUACCAUGAAUCAUUUGUUGGUUUGAAGAAGUUUACUAAUGAAAUAAAUAUUUAAAAAGAUACACGCAUAGGACGUAACACUAAUUAAGAAAGAGAAAUUAAACAAUAUUAUACAUGUAUAUUAUGUAAUAUUAAAUUCGCUUAAAUGUAUGAACCAUUAUAUCUUAUUAGGUUUUAAUGUGCAUGAAUUUUUAAACUUGACAUGUCAAUUGUUUACGUUUAGUUCAAGUUUUUUCCCGCACGUAGCAGACGACAUAUUUGGAUGCAACAACAUGUUUUAACUCUGAAGAACAUUGACCUUGCAAUAUAGAUAACCUGUAUACAGUUUUAUAUCACUUUCAUAUAUCGUGUUUAUGUACAGUAUAUAUAACAUAAUUAUAUGCUAUCAUUUUGUCAACUGAUAAUAUUUGUUGAACUUGGUAACCCAAAUUUAUAUGUACAGUAUUGUUAAUCAUCGAACAAAGUUCAACAAUAUAUAAGUAUAUUUAAGUAUAUCUAAACUA